GUUUUCAUUUUUGUUUGAAAGAGGCAACGGCAAUUCAGAGAGAGAGACUCAGAGACUCGGGGAGAGAGAGAGAGAGAGAGAGAGAGAGAGAGAGUGACAGAGAGUUUUGGCGACCGAAACGCUGCUCAGAAACCUUCGAAACUCUCCUUUUCUUUUGGAUUUCGGAUUUCGGAUUUCGUUCCCUCCUCCUCUUUAAAUUCAAAAUCUUCUACACUUCUCCUCAAAAUUCCAGCUCGGAAUUUCAAGCAAGCGACUUGAAUCGUGCAAUUUAGGGUUUUUGUUGGUUCUCGAUUCACCAGCAAGCUUCUGUUUCCCAGCCAGCUCAAUUCGAAUUGGGUUUUGCUUAAUUUGAUUGGAAAAUUGUGUGGAAAGAAAAAAAGUAAAAGAUGUCAAAUUUGGAAGGUGGGAAGAAGAGGGGCGGAGAUUCCGGUAAUCGGAAAUUGUUGAAUGAGAUUGAGAGUAUAAGCAAGGCUUUAUAUGUAGACAAAAAAUCCUCUAAGAGUUCAAUUCCGGCGGGGAGUAAACCGUCAAUGUCUCUAGGGAAGAACCGUUUACCUGAUCCGAAAUCGAAGAAUAAGUCUGGUGGUGAAAACUUGUCAAACAAAGAGAAGAGGUCCUUUUGGAAUUGGAGGCCCUUGAAAGCGAGUACCCAUAUCCGAAACCGUAGGUUUAACUGCUGCUUUUCUCUUCAAGUCCAUUCCAUUGAAGGGUUGCCCUCCACUUUGAAUGGAAUUAGUCUCUGUGUACAUUGGAAGAGGCGGGAUGGGAUUUUCGUUACUAAUCCAGUGAAGGUAGUUCAAGGGACGGCAAAAUUUGAGGAGAAGUUGGCUCACACAUGCUCAGUGUAUGGUAGUAGGAGUGGACCCCACCAUUCGGCAAAGUAUGAAGCGAAGCAUUUUUUGCUAUAUGCUUCUGUGUUUGGUGCACCAGAACUUGAUUUGGGGAAGCAUAGGAUUGAUCUCACGAGGCUGCUUCCUCUGACAUUGGAGGAGUUAGAGGAGGAGAAAAGCUCGAGGAACUGGACGACGAGUUUCAAAUUAUCAGGAAAGGCUAAAGGUGGUUCAUUGAAUGUUAGUUUUGGGUAUACAGUGCUUGAAGAUAAUCCCAGAGCAACAGGAAAUAGCCAGAAUGUUCCUGAGGUAUUGAUUUCGAGGCAGAAUAACUCAAGUAUAAAGCGUUCUGGAACUCUUCCUAAUCAGCAGUCACGGGCCUCAUCUCAAUCCAUAGAGGGCAUAAAGGAUCUUCAUGGGGUUUUGCCAGUAUCAAGGUCGGAACUUUCUAGUUCAGUGAAUACACUAUUUCAGAAAUUUGAUGACGAAGAGAAGUCAGAUACUCCAGUUGACAAGCAUCUUGAUCCUAUGAAGACGAGUCUUUUCCCAUCAUCUAAUUCUGGUAAAGAAGUAGAAAAUGAGUGUGAAGAAAACGAAUUUCCCGUAGUUGAACAGGGGAUAGAAUUACCAUCAAAGGAACUGGCGGAAUCAGAAGUUGUUACACAGGUUGCUGAUGCUUCUCCAGCAGAAAGCCAUUUUUCUGAAAUCACCACUGGUGUACAAGUAGCAGUUGAAGAUGAAGCUGAGCUUGAAUCCCAGGCUGGGGAAAAGGGUCAUACUGAUGACCCUGUGGUAAGUGAGUCCACUUCCAACAGAGAUGCCUUGUGCACCAAAGAAUCACUCAUGAAUGAGCUAGAGUCCGCUCUAAGUAUUGUAUCUGAUUUGGAGAGUGCAGCACUAGAAUCUUCACCUGAAGACCAAAGAUGUUUUGUGGAAGGUAAAUUAGAUUCAAAACUAAAUAUGAUGGGGAGAUCGCAUAGCUUGGAUGAUGUUACAGAAUCUGUUGAAAACGAGUUCUUGAACAUGCUAGGGAUAGAUCAUAGUCCACUUUCCUUGAGUUCUGAGAGUGAUCCUGAGUCUCCAAGAGAGCGUCUGCUAAGACAAUUUGAGAAGGAAGCCCUUGCUGGAGGUACUUCUUUGUUUGAUUUUGACGCAGGCAUCAGUGACCAAACAGACUAUGGCUACACGCCUUCAACUGAGACUGGUUGGGAGAACUUAUCUGAUAGUUUUGAUUUCUCCUCUGUGAUUCAAGCUGCAGAGGAAGAGCAUCAGAUAGCAGCUCAGGCAGUAAAAAGUAAAGCAAAGGCCAAAAUGUUGGAGGACUUGGAGACGGAAGCAUUAAUGCGGGAGUGGGGCUUAAAUGAGAUGGCCUUUGAACAUUCUCCACCAAAAGGUUGUGCUAGUUUUGGAAGUUCGAUGGAUUUGCCUGCUGAAGAACCGUUAAAAUUGCCUCCUCUUGGAGAAGGGUUAGGUCCUUUUCUUCAGACAAAGAAUGGAGGGUUUGUGCGGUCCAUGAAUCCCUCACUUUUCUGCGAGGCCAAAAGUGGCGGGACCUUGAUCAUGCAGGUUUCUAGUCCAGUUGUGGUACCGGCAGAAAUGGGUUCUGGGGUAAUGGAGAUAUUGCAGCAUUUGGCAUCAGUAGGAAUUGAGAAGCUUUCUAUGCAGGCAAAUAAGUUAAUGCCCUUGGAAGAUAUCACUGGAAAGACAAUGGAACAAGUAGCAUGGGAAGCUGUGCCUGCUUUGGAAGGACCUCAGAGGGAAUUUGUGGCACAGCAUGAAUCAGUUGGGCAUCAUACAUCGGAUGGGCUAACCAGAGCUAAAGGAAUUUCAUCUGGGACUAAGUCUAAUAAGUUAAGUUCGAGUGCGGCUGGCAAUGAGAUUGGCUUAGAAUAUGUCUCUCUAGAAGAUCUUGCUCCUUUAGCCAUGGAUAAAAUUGAAGCGCUCUCAAUUGAGGGGUUGAGAAUACAAGCCGGGAUGUCCGAUGCAGAUGCACCUUCAAACAUCAGCGCACAGUCUGUUGCGCAAAUCUCAGCUCUCCAGGGCAAGGGUGUCAACGUUGGCGAAUCCCUUGGUCUGGAAGGAGCUGCUGGGAUGCAGUUGUUAGACAUAAAAGACAGUGGCAAUGAUGUUGACGGAUUAAUGGGCCUCUCAUUAACUCUUGAUGAAUGGUUGAAACUCGAUUCUGGUGAAAUUGAUGAUGGUGAUCAUAUUAGUGAACGGACUUCUCAAAUCCUUGCGGCUCAUCAUGCAAACUCUUUGGACAUGAUUCGCGGAGGGUCAAAGGGAGAGAGAAGGCGUGGCAAAGGAGCUAGAAAGUGUGGCUUGUUGGGGAACAAUUUCACAGUAGCACUGAUGGUGCAACUUCGUGAUCCACUACGAAACUAUGAACCUGUUGGGGCACCAAUGCUUUCUCUUAUUCAAGUAGAAAGAGUGUUUCUCCCACCGAAGCCAAGAAUAUACAUCUCAGUUUCAGAACUGAGGAAGAAUGAUGAAGAGAGUGAUCAGUCUGAGUCAGUGGGAAAAGAAGAAGAAAUAAAGGAGGAGAUGAAAGAUGAGAAAUUGGCCGAAGUGGAAGCUAUUCCUCAGUUUAGAAUCACUGAAGUCCAUGUUGCAGGUCUGAAAACCGAGCCAGAUAAAAAGAAGCCAUGGGGUACUGCAAACCAGAAACAGUCCGGUUCCCGCUGGUUGCUUGCUAAUGGAAUGGGGAAAAGCAAUAAGCAUCCAAUUAUGAAGUCAAAAGCUGCUCCAAAAUCUUCUGGUCCAGCAACAACAAAGGUUCAACCUGGUGAUACCUUGUGGAGCAUCUCAGCACGCGUUCAUGGUACUGGAGAAAAAUGGAAGGAAUUGGCAGCACUAAAUCCGCAUAUAAGGAACCCCAAUGUUAUUUUUCCGAAUGAAACUCUCAGAUUAAGCUGAGUGGUUGGUGAAUCUCAAGGUGAAUUUCAAUUUUUGAAUCGGUUAGUGCUUUUGACCUUGUCAUUACACAGCUGGGUUGUCGACUAAUCUUGUAGUCACAUGAACAUAGACAUAGUUGACCGAUAGACAAGAUGAGAUGAAGGGGAAAAGGUUGUGUUGUAUCGUCGUCUUUCUGUUGUAAAUCCAUGUUAUGUGAAUACAGGCUUGCAAGCAUUGUAAUGUAUGCCCGUCUGAAGGCGCUGUGUUCAAUUCACAGCCGUCGGCAGGUGAUAUUUGUGUGCGAAAGUGUCGUAGCUGUUCUUGGACCUUACUUGCAGAAAUAUUCAGAAAUGCGGUUUGUGGUGUGCGCUUGUUGGAUUCGUUUGAGGGAAGUGAAUAGGAGUUUUGAUCAUCGUGUUUAUAUUUUUUA